CUAUACUAUCAAACAUCAUCAUGCCUCGUCUCUCAACCGUGAUCGUCUCGGGCCUCUCCGUCCUCGCAGUAGCUGGAGGUGCCUCUGCCAGGGUCCUUCCCCGCGAGGCGAGAUACGAAAUCGCCGUUCCCUACUGUGAAAAUGAUGCCGACCAGACGGCCACCGUUCUGCGUCGUGACAUCGAGGACGACCACACCUACACCGACACCGACAAUGUCAAUGAUGUCGAAGAUGCCGAAGAUGUCGAAGACUCCGGGGAUCUCCAAUCCGCGCCUCCUCUCUGCAACAACAACCUUCAUUGCGAUUUUGGCCAGAUUUGCAAUCGUGGUCGCUGUAUCGCUGGCUGCAACGCCAACGUGGACUGCUCUCGCUUCCACACAUGCACUAACGGAACAUGCACCGAUAGCCGUGGCGGCACAUGUGCCCCAAACAGAAGUACAUGCGGUUUCCACGUCGACUGCUGCUCGGGCUCAUGCAAGCGUUGGGGAAGUCUCUUCGGAAAGAAGAAGUGCAGGCGGGCCAGGAAGCAGCGGGCUAGGGAGGAGUGAGACUUUUCCUGAGUGUGCUCUGCUUGAUGUUCGUGGGUGGAUGAUGGUAUACGGGGUCGUCUUUCUUAGUGCCAUGGUGGGUCGAUGGGUUUCUUGAGGGGUUUUGUUCAUUUUUAAGGGGCGAGUCUUAUCUGUACUCUUUUCACAUUGCUUAUGUGCCUGUAAUAAAGCAGAAAAGACAAAAAACAAGGGGUCAUUCUUACGCGUUAUUACCUUUUGCUCCGUAUUUCCAUCCGGAUAGAGUAAGCCGAGCCAUAUGCGGUGACAGGAGUUCGAUGAGAAGUGAUGUAAGCCGUGCUACUCUUGUUGUCCGGAAUACUCAACAAGGCUGAUUCAAGUUAUCACAAUAUCAUACAGUGAGUGAUGGCUACUACAUCACGAACAGAGCUCUAUAAACAGCGUGGUGGUGGUCAUGAGGUUGCGGUGU